AUGGGCGCGCAGGACCUCCCCUACGACAUCCUCCACAUCAUAAUAGCGCAUCUGAAAGCCCUCAUCCAACUUGACCUGUCUUCGGCAAUCAGGCCGCGGCUGGCGCCGUACGCCUGCAUAUGCAGGUCGUGGAACGAGGCCGUAGAGCGCGAAAUUUUCCGGACCCUCACGCUCUUCAGGGCCGAAGGGCUCGAGCGCGCCGAGGAGCUGUUGACCAAGUACCCUGACCGCCGCCUCUCCGCCCUGCGCCGUCUCACCUUCGUUGGGUGGUAUCAGCGCAGCGACAGCGUCAGGCGGGACUUGAGCGCCAGGCAGCUGGCCGAGAGGGACGCCGCGUUCUCGGCCGAUGCGGAGAGGUUGUUUCGUCUCUUGCAGGUUGUUGAACGGGCUGGGGAUGCUCGCUUGACUCUGGAGCUAGAAUUUGUAUUGAAGAAAACUCCGCCUGAAGGUGGUGAUGAGGAUGGCGUUGAGGACUUUGACAGUAGUGAUGACGACGACGACGACGACGACAGCGAGUUUGACGACUAUGGCAGUGGUGAUGACGGUGAGGAACGUCUCAAGUACGACCCAGCGUACUUGCGGUACGUGGGAGAGGGUCUGCCUCAGGUUCACUGCGUCAAACAGUUCAUACUCCAAAGAAGCCAGCAUGAAAGGUUGUGGGGGGCCUCUGUCACAACACUGCUGUCAGCCAUGGAGGGCCUGGAGAUCUGCGAUGUCAGCCUUCAUGAUGAGCAAACAGUGGAUCCCAGCGUUCGCAUCGACUAUCGGAAAGCGUUGGGCGAAAGCCUCUACCGAAUUCCUGACACGUGCAAAAGACUCUUUACAUCAUUUGAGCAUUUCAUAAUGAAACGUCCCAAAUCCCGGCCUGGAUUUGUCCCAACUUCUGUGGACAGCCUCUGUCUUGGGCUGCAGAGCCUAUCGACGCGGUUGGUAACCAUUUCUCUUGAGAUGCUGACCAUAUCACCCGCCCUCUUCUGGCCUCAAGGCGAAAGCGACGGUGCUACGGCGCCCCACUGGCCCAACUUGGAGUAUUUUUACGUCCAAUAUCCACCUAUUAGUGCCUCUGGUGAAUCUUUCGCGCGUAUGGACCCGGAUAGACCCAACCAAGAGCUCACGAACGGCCUGUUUGUCGCCGUGGGCAAGGCUGUCCGCAACAUGCCCGCGCUGCAGCUAAUGGAGCUCCAUAUGGCCCCCGAGUUUUACUUCCAGCUUUUGUUCUCAUACAAAUUCGACAAGGCAGACGGCGAAUUUCAAGCGGAGUGGCGGGGUCGUGGAGAAAUGCUAAAGCUUAGCCCAAAUGUACUUCAGGCUUUCGAUAUCAAGGAGGAGGACCUUGUGCUCAAUGCUCCACGCCCGCCGCCUAAGAAGAAACUACGUUGGCCAGCUGUUUACCACAAAAGCUGGGAUAUCACAGCUCGUAUGCGUGAUCAGUAA